CAUAAGCAAAACACCAUAACGCAGGUUCUCGCGAUGAAAGCAUCGUGACAAUGGCAUCUGCAAGCGACAUCCUAACGUUGGUCUCCUCACUGACUUUGCGGCUCAGCAUAUGGAUCUUUCUGAGAUGGAUUCCUACAACUAUCGUACCCCCGCUCGCUACAGCUCUCACCCUUGUCUACGUUCCGUCAUUCUUCCGCAGCUUCCAAGAAACCUCAAAAUACAAGAUAGUGUCGGACGAGCUUGAUAUCAUUGUUAAGGAAGCGGUUGGUUCUGGACGUAAAUCGAAGAAAUCUCUCUCUCGAGAAGACGUUGAUUUAAUCGAGGGUGCUGAGGAUGGACCGCUCAAAGAGCUCGAUGUGCAAGAGACGAUCAAAUACGAGGAGAAGAAGCCAAAAAUCUUCAGGACGCUCUUGACUGGCUUACCUAGUCCGUCAUCAAUAGGAUGGAGCUGGGUCACUUUUGGUAUCAACGUUGCUUUGCUGGCAAUGACCUUGGAUGUUGUCUACCGUGCGCCCUUGCUCUAUCCAUAUCAUGAUGCUGCUUUUGCCCGCGUUGGCUACGUCUCGGAACACACGGCUAGCAUUCUUGUGCGUGAGCCAUAUGCCUUCGACAUCAAGAUUGAGUAUCGUGAAAUCAGUUCUAAAACCUUUGGAUCAUCAUCUUGGCAUGACAGAACCAUAGCCACGAGUCAACCGGAGCAUUGGCUAACCAAUGAAACGGACUUUACAACAGUGAUCAAGCUGGGGCUGUUGCGAUCAGAUACGCCGUAUGAAUAUGUGGUUCACACUUCAGGAGGCAGCGUAUCGGGUACUUUUACCACACCCCCAAAGCCGGGUCACAUAUCUUCGCUGAAGGACGACAAAUACACAUUUGUCCAUUCGAGCUGUAUCAAGCCUCGAGUUCCCUACAAUCCAUUUCAGCACCCACUUGAAUUCCCAGGCAUGGCCCACCUGGCCAGAUGGAUCCCGGAGCUUAGGCCUUACUUCAUGCUGUUCCUCGGAGAUUUCAUCUACAUUGAUGUUCCAUGGCGAUUGGGCAAAGACGCUGAGACCUAUCGUCGCGAGUAUAGGCAGGUCUACUCAUCUCCAUCCUGGCCCGCCGUAAGCGAGAACCUUCCCUGGAUUCAUGUUAUAGACGACCAUGAGAUUCAGAAUGAUUGGAACGGAAACACAACCGGAGUGUUUGAUGCUGCGUACGAUGCCUUCUCACAUUACCAGGCCAGCGCGAACCCACCUCCACAUCGACCGGGGCACACCUACUUCACAUUCACACAAGGCCCGGUCCAAUUCUUCCUCAUGGACACCCGUCGCUACCGCAGCCCAGAGAACAAUGACCCCAACGACAAGAAUAAAACAAUGCUAGGCGCGGAGCAAUUGUCCGAUCUCUUGGAAUGGCUCAGCACGCCACCACCACGUGGGAUCCACUGGAAGUUCCUGGUAACUGGAAUUCCAUUUACUAAAAACUGGCAAUUUGGGUCCGAGGACACAUGGGGCGGCUACCUGUUCGAAAGGCGAAAGAUCCUCGAAGCCGCAUGGGAGCUCAGCUCAUCCCGCGGAGUGGGCGUAGUUGUCCUCAGCGGUGACCGACACGAGUUCGCCGCUACAUCUUUCCCUCCCCCCAAGGACUCCAAGUGGCCCGUCAGUGCGACCGUGCACGAGUUCAGCACGAGCCCGCUGUCCAUGUUCUACCUGCCGUUCCGGACAUAUGGUGAGAUUGACGAUGAGGAUGUAUGCAUAAAGUACCUGCCAGACGGCAACAGCAAGUUCGGUGCCGUCGAGGUCACGGCGCCCCGUACUAGCGAGCAGAGCCUCCUCAACUAUCGAUUGUUCAUCGACGGACAGGAAGCAUGGACCCAUGUCAUCUCCACUCCGCCAGCACGAGAGGGCAGUCACAGGGCAAAGGAUGCAGUGUGGGGUUGAAGGCCUCCCUGGUAGCGAUUGCAUACCCUCUAUCUAAAUUUCGACGUUGGUAUUUACUGGUAAUAAUGGGUUGCAAGGAUUAGUUUCUUAUUCGUAAAAUAGGCGCGGCUUAUGUACCAUCAAAAUCUAAGUAAUUGUAACAUUUAUGCUACGCUGAGGACUCUAGAGUACAGCUAACUACCAUACAUCAUCGAGAUCGAUCUCUACAGCACACAAAGUAGUAACCAAAAUAGUAAUCAUUCAUCUUCUCCAC